AUUUUAAUUAAAAAUAUUUUAUACUAUAUUUUUAUUAUCAUGUUCUUCAGCAACAGUAGUUUCAAGAGAAGUUUUUAAAUAUUUUGUAGCAAUUAAAACAAUUUAAAAUGAAAUCUUUUACUUUUAUUGGUUGCCUACUCCACACUGGCCCCUAAUUUAUUUGAUGGAUUACUGGUACGGUACACAAACUCAAAUAACAAACAAAACAAAAAUGUUUACAAGCCACUUUCACUUUUUGUCUAUUAUUUGCAUUCAAGAUACCAAGUACAUUCAUUACUUGGUGGAGAAAUGGAUUUUAAAAUUAACAAUUUUGAAUCAUUCGCAGUCACGUGACAAGGCUGCCCGACAAGAUAUCUCUCGCCACUUUGUUACGGCGGUCAUGUGACUUGGUCGCCGGACAAAUAGUGCGGGAGAUAUACGUCAGGCGCGCCGGACGUGUAGACACUGCCUUUUUUUUUUUUAAUGCCCUUCUUUUUAUUUAAAGCUAGGCCCUCUAAUAAAAUAUUUAACAACAUUGUUUAUUUAAAACAUUUAAGGCUAAAAAAAAUUACAGUAAUUGAAUUUCAUUGUUAGUUUUAAAAAAGAAAAACCUUACUGAUAUUUAUGUACAAAAUUGAGUCACAUAUCCCACUAUGUUAUGCUUUUACAUACAUGCAGUUGUUUGUAAAACAUGUUUUUGAUAUGAUUCCAGCAAAUUUAAAUCAUAUACCGACUAGAAUGAGGGUAAAGGAGAUUGACAGGACGGCCAAUAUGGCUUGGUCACCAGAGAAUCAGUAUCCUAUAUAUGUUGCCACUGGGACAGCUGCCCAACAGCUUGAUGCUACUUUCAGGUGAUUAUAACUAUAUGUGUGUGCAUGUAAUACAGCUGAACCAUUAUCAAUAAUUACCUCUCACCUCAAAUUUUUUUUUUCUUCACCAAAUGAAAAUAAAAUGGGUAAAUGUUCAAUGUAUUUCCGGUUCAGAAUAGAGUUUUAAGCUUUAUAUUAAACGUAAAUUUAAAAAAAUGGGUUUUAACAAAAAUGAGUGGAACAGUAAAUAAUUUUAAUAUAACACAAUAGUUUAACAUUGAUCCCCUCCUAUGCUUUUAAUUAUUUUAAAACCCUUGUUUUGUAACACUUGCUAAUCAUAUCUAAAUUGAAUUGAAAGAAUGCAUUCGAUUGUUUCCAUUUAAUUUGUUCUAUUCACCUCUUCACAGAAAUAAUAAAUUUUUAAGAUAAAAUAUUUGCACAUGUCAUAACUGCAUUUCAAACUGGAUCAUAAAAUUUAUAAAAUCGAAAUGAACAAAUCUCAUAAUACUGUUGAAACUUACAUUUUUCCACAAUAUGACAAACUAAAGACAUUUAAUUUAUUAACUCCUUUCUAUGUCUUUGUUGUUUUGUUAGCAGUAGAAAGAUUUUCUCUCAUUCUCUUUCUACUGUCCUGUUCCUUCAUUUCAAGCUUCAGCAUACCUCGUUCCACUUUUUUCUUCACAUAUCUUGAAUGGACGCAGUCCUUUAUUUAUUAUCCUUAAAUGUACAUGUGUACAUUUCAUUUUCUCUAAACUUCCAUCUAGCACAACAUCAGCUCUUGAGCUGUAUAGCCUGAACCUUGCUGAGGCCACUUUGGAUAUGCCAAUGGUAGCUUCUGUGCCCUCAGAUGUCAGGUAAACAAGUUUUUCAUUUGUCUUUUUUUAAAUAUUUUUUUAAAUUUUUACUUUUUAUCAAUUUUUACUUUUAAAAAUAUCAAGGGUAAUAGUUAUAAAACACUAAAUUGAAAUAAUUAUAUUCCAUUUCAAUUUUGAUGUGCAUAAUUAGCUUUGUCUUGUGUGAAUUUAAAACUUCUUGCAUGAUCUUGAACCAAAUAGAGUUUAAUUUCCAAAUUGAAUCUACCUUGAACAGGUUCCAUAAAGUAGUCUGGGGCCCACAGAAAGAUACAGAAAGUGGAGUGAUCAUUGGAGGUGGAGAGAAUGGCAGUAUACAUGUCUACAGUGCAGACAAACUGCUAGCAGGGGCCAAAGAUUGUCUUGCCACUGAGCUGACUAGACACACUGGUUCAGUGAAGGCCUUGGACCUAAAUCCUUUCCAGGCAAGACAUUUCAGCUCAUUUAUUACUUCUCUGUCUAACUAUUUAUAAUUGAACAUUGCUGUUUCAUUAUUGUUGCCCACAUAUUGCCAUUUCCCACAAAUUAAUCUAAUAUAUUGUUUUGUUUGUAGUCAAAUCUGCUGGCUUCAGGAGGGGGUGAUUCAGAGAUUUACAUUUGGGACUUGUUAAGGACUGAGAGUCCUAUGACUCCUGGACAAAAAUCUCAGGUACUGCUAAAUAACCCCAUUUGCGUCACUUGAAAUACUUCAUUUUAAAAUUUAUGUGAAUACAUUUUUAAUGCCAAAAUGUAAAGCAGACAUUUUGACUAUUUAUCUCCUGUCUUAUUAAACUUUUUAUUUGUUGCAGCCGCCUGAAGAGUUGGCUUGUGUGGCAUGGAACUGUCAGGUUCAGCACAUCCUUGGGUCAACAUUUGCCUCCAGAUGCGUUGUCUGGGACUUGAGGAAAAAUGAACCCAUCAUCAAAAUCAGUGAUAGCAUGUCUCGAGUAUGUCUUUGUCACUGAAACUCUUAAUAAUUUGUGUUGAGAGGGGCUUUUGAUUAGCCUGUGUAGUCAACAACCUCUCUGCAUACCUGUUUAAUCUUUCAAUGUACCAAAAUAAUUUGUGAUGAAUUUGAAUUGAUAGUAAACUAUUACAUGAAAAAAAAAUUAUAUUUUCAAAUUUAAUUUAAAUAUAGUUAUUCAAACUUUUCAACAGAUUAAAGCUAAAUUAAUAGCUUGGCAUCCAGAGGUUGCUACACAACUGUGCCUGUCAUCUGAAGAUGACCAUACCCCAGUGAUCCAGGUCUGGGACUUGAGAUAUGCCACUUCUCCUCUCAAGGUUUUGGAAAGCCAUCAGAAGUACAUCAUUUAUUAUCUAGUUAAUUGAUUGGUUUUUAUAUACUUUUAAAUGAAAUGUUUUGAUUUUUAAAUUUUUUUACGGGUGUUUAAAUCCAAAUUUGAAACAUAUCAAAUGGUGGUUAAUCCAGUUAAUGUGUAUUUUAUUGUAGGGGUGUUUUGUCCAUGUCUUGGUGUAAAAGAGACCCUGACCUGUUGUUGAGCUGCGGUAAAGACAAUAGAAUUCUCUGCUGGAAUCCAAAUGUCCCUAACGGAGAGGUAGUGUUUAAUUGUUUCACAUUCGAUCUGUAUCCUACUGAUUUGACUCCCUUCUAUGCAUUUAAAUUCUUGCUAGUUUUUUGCUUUAGGAAAUACACCCCAUGGAAUAAAAAUGUAAUGAGUGCUACACAAGGACUUAAAAUUUAUUAAUUGAAGCUCCAGGCUGUAAAUACCUGUUAGAAAUGUGUAAUUUCAAAGUAGAAAAGAGUGUAAUUUCAAAGUAAAGGAUUUAUGCUUUUCCUUGUCUUGUAACAGGUUGUGUAUGAUCUGUCUACCAACAACCAGUGGUGUUUUGACAUCCAGUGGUGCACUAGGAAUCCAUCCAUUAUUUCCAGUGCAUCCUUUGAUGGUCACAUAACUCUCUAUUCUCUGCUGGGAGGGGGGCACCCAGUCCAGCCCAGCAACAAGGUAAUCUAUCAGACUCCUUUGAUCAGCUUGUUGUGGCAAGUUUUAAAGCCUUUUAUUAAUUUAACUUGAAAGAGUUACAAAGAUGUGUAAAGGAUGUCUAAAGGAUUAUCUAUGCAUGUGUGAAUGGGCUUGAAAUGUUUGCAAAAUCCUUCACACUAUCAUUAUUUUUGUAACAGGUUGCAGAAUCAUUUGGAGGAGCUCAGUUUGGGGAAGCCCCUGUACAAGUGCCUCAUGAGGAGGAUAAAACCUUACCUUUGCAGAAACCACCCAAGUGGAUUAGAAAACCAGUUGGUGCAUCGUUUGCUGUGAGUUGAUGAAAUUGUUUUAAACAAAUCAUAAUAACUUUAUGUAUUUUAAACAUUUUAUUAUUCUAAAUUAAUACUAAAAUAAUAUUACAAUUUUAUUUUAUUACAUGUUAUUGUCUGUUAGAUAGUGGAAUUUUUACAUUAAUUGUUGUAAUACUAUGAAUGUGAAUAAUAUUUAGUUUAUUGCCAACAUUUGCAACCUUAGCAAGUGAUUUUCUCUACAUUUACAAUCUACGGUAAAUAUGUGUUUCAAAUACAAUUUGACAAACAAUGUUUUACCUGAUGGGUACGUCUCCCUUUUCUUCUAGUUUGGCGGUAAGCUGGUAACAUUUGUCCUAGAUAAACCAACCCAUUCGCAACCGGUGAGUCGGCAAGUGACCAUCAGUCAAAUAGUGACGGAGACUGAACUUGUGGUGCAGUCCAAUCAGCUGGAACAAGCUUUGAAAGAUGGACACUUUUUAGAAUUCUGUGCCAUGAAAGCGGCCAACAGUAAAGAUGGCAUGCAAGAAAAUAUUUGGAAUUUUAUGAGAGUGAGUUGAUUGGGUUGUUUUAAUUUUGACAAACUACCUUAACAGUGGCUUUGGGAUUAGAGUCAUCCGAUUAGUGGCAAACUCUCGAUACCACAUGUUCGCCUUGAAACCUACGGAAGGCACACUUAAGCAUUUGCUGGCCCAACAAUUUGGAACACACUUCCUGUCGCUCUCAGAAACAGCCAGAAACUGGAGUCUUUCAAAACCGAUUUGAAAACAUAUCUAUUUCCCAAACACCUGCUGGGGUGAUGUUGUCUACCAUCUUUUCAAGCUAGCUAUUAUUUCCUAGAUGUAUAUUGGCCUGUGUUGUUUAUGGUUGCAAGGGAUGAAAGACUUAGAAUGGGUAUUCUCGUAUGUAGUUUUUGUAAUGUUGCGUUUUGUAUUUCAAUGUGUUAUAGUAUAGAUUUUUUCAUUUCUCUUUUAUUAUGGUUGACUUUGUACAGCACUUCGAGCCUUUGGGGAUGAAGCAUGAUUUUCAAAUAAACCUGAUUAUUAUUAUUUAUUUACUGGUAGAAUGUUUUUGAGAAAAUCUUUUGCCUUCAUUGUUAUCAUGUUCUGAGUCAUGUUUUAUAAUACUUAACAAGACACUGAUCGUGUUAAAAAUGGUUUGUCUAAGAGCUGAUUCAGUUCAGUUAAACAGAAGGAAAAGCAACUCAUUUUGUAUGAAUCAGGGUGCAAAAGAACUAAUUAAUGAAAUAGCUGUGUGUUAAGAGAGAACUGAUUGGCCAGUAAAUAUUAUUUUUCUUGUUUAGGUCAACUUUGAAAAAGAACCCAGGACCAAAUUUCUGGAGCUGCUCGGAUAUGAUCAGAAUGAGUUGGCUCGCAAGGUAAAUAUAAAUGGUUGUAUAAAUAGUUGAAAUUGUCACAUCUGCACAGAAGUACCUAGAUUUGUUUCUUACUGUUAUCAUCUUGCUUGGUCUUUAUUUUGGAAUAUUAUGAGAUAAAUAUUUUAAAAUAAAAGAUAACUCCUGUAUUCAUGUGUUGUGACCAUGUGUCCAGAAGCAUGCAUUUUGAUUGGUGGCACAUGUUAAUUUUUGAUGUGUCGUUUUUAAAUGAAUGUGUCAUUAUUUUUUAUCAAAUUUAAAUGUAGUUUUUUAAUAACGGAAGUUGAAGUUUGUUUUCUUACCAACAAUUUGGUAAUAAAAACACAAAAAUAAAGGCAAAAUUUUUGACAGAAAAAAACCAGCUCUUAGCACAGUUUUAAAGGAACUGCCUGCUGUAAAGGGAUUGUUCUCCAAUAUUUAACGAGGGGACUGGAUCUAAUUUUCCUUGUACGCUACACUUUAAAUAUAGACUAUUCAUAGUCCCUAGAGUGGGAACACAGACGCUUGGCGGAAUUCCCAGGCUUGACAUUGAAGCUGUUAACGCCUCAUCGCUGGUGUCCACAACCACCACUGCAUUAUAGUUAUAUACCAAAGAGAUUAGACAGUGUAAAUGUGCUCUUUAACAAAAAGAGGACAGUUUGAGAAAGAUAAAAUCUAUUUUAUUGUUACGUAAAGGUAGUGGAGCAUACAGGAACUGAAGUGUCAGCAGCCUCAAGGCGUGGAGUGGAUGCUCAGGAGUUGGCACAGAAGAUGACACUACUUAAUACAGGAGUAAGUCGUAUGCGUGUCAAUGUAUGAAUGAGAUGAAGAUCAUUUUGAUGUCGAGUUGUUGAAAAGAAAAUGUAAAUAUCGAUUAAGGGAGAUUUGAAAAUAAUUAAUUUAUUUAAAUUUUAAAAUGAACAAGACUAAUUUCUUUCAUGUUUUUUCCAUAGAGCAUUAUGAAAGCAGAUCGUUUAUUGUCUAGUGGUCAAGCAUCACCCAAUGUAGGAUCAAAGGUCAGUGAUAAAAAAUGAAUUAAGAUAACACAUUUUUAAAUAGGAGUGAGAGGAAUUUUAUAGACUUUUUAACCACUUUGCUACUGAUGAUGUCAAUGCGACGUCACAAUCACCCAAUUUCAUUUACCAAGGAUGUCAAAUUGUCGUCAUAACAAAGAGGCAAAGAGUUUUUCUGAAAUACCAAGGACGUCACGUCGAUGUCAUAUUUCAAUGCUAUAUAUAUAUCUUUAUUCAUUUAUCUAUAGAGAAGUUAAAAAGCAAAUCUGAUAGAGGGUGAAAAAGACCAAAAAUUUCCUUAAAAUGUUUUUACUGCCGAGUCAGCAUAAAUAGGUGCCCAAAACCUGCGGUAAUGAAAGGGUUAAAAGGGGUUUGCUUGAAGCUUAUCAUUUGAUUUGUAUUUAUGUAGACACCUGUUGAUCAAGUGGAUGACCUUGAUGGGUCUGCAUUGUUUGAUGACAUAGCCAGUGCUCAGUCAAAAACAUCAGGAUGUGAGACCCCAUUGGUUAUUCCCACUGACCAUGGUAAGCAUUGAAGGAUUAUUUCUUUUACUAUCAAAAAGUGUAGUGUAGUUUUACCUCAGUGAGUGCUGCAAUUUUAACUAUAAUUACUUAAUUGAAGAAAAAUUUCUGUUUUGUUUAAAUUCAAAAGCGGGGUAAACAGUUAUACCUCAGUGAGUGCUACAAAUUUAACUAUGAUUGCUAGGCUACAAAAGAUUCCUUACUGGAAAUCAAGGACUGUGCUUUAGUUAUUAUAAAAUAAUUCAUUCUUAUUGAAGUGCAUGCCAGUUUUCUCAUACUCCAUUCUGUUUGGUGUGGUUUUAGCUGAUGGACUUAUGACUCAAGCUCUUCUCACUGGUAACUUUGAAGCUGCUGUUGAGAUGUGUCUAAGUGAGAAUAAGAUGGCUGAAGCCAUAUUGCUUGCCAUCGCUGGUGGUCCCGAGCUCCUGGUCAGAACACAGAAGAAAUAUUUCCUUAGGAAUAAAUCAACCUUGGGAAGGGUAAGUCUAUUUCAACGCCCACCUUAAUCAUUGUAACAUCAUGACAUUUAGUGAUUGUUGAUUGUAAAGUAAAACUCACCCAGGAAUAAUGCAUGAGGCAUAUUAAUAAAAAUGACAAAUUACAAAAGAUGGGACUGUUUUUGUCGACCUUUUCAGUAAGCAUGUGAUAUUAGGGUGUGAGCUUACAAUAUCCAAAGAGAGUGGAUCAAUUGUCUGCGGACACAUGUGCAAUUUGAGCACAUAGUCAUAUUCUUUACUCACUGGAUUGCUAAUGUUUCAGUCAUAUUCUUUACUCACUGGAUUGCUAAUGUUUCAGUCAUAUUCUUUACUCACUGGAUUGCUAAUGUUUCAGUCAUAUUCUUUACUCACUGGAUUGCUAAUGUUUCUGUAAAUUGGAGCUGCAUUAUAUGGUUAUUUACAUUUUUUAUGUCAAGUUAUUUCAAGUAAUAAAGUGCCGAAUGUGAAAUAUAUCACCGAUGACAGGAAGAAAGGCUACAUGUAUAUCAGAAGCAAACAUUGGUUACAGUAUUGGUAGUAAAAUGGAGAUUUCAUUCAUUGAUGAGAGAAAACUUUUGUGUGCGAUGAAUUUGAUCAAAAUAUAAAGUAUCUUUACCAAACACAAAAAUACCCCAAAUUUAACAAAACUCUUUGAACAUGUUUCCACAGCUGAUCUCAUCAGUUGUAACCCACGACUGGGCUCAUAUUGUAGAAACAUGUGAUCUAGACAACUGGAAGGAGGCCUUGGCUGUCAUUCUUACCUACGCCUUGCCUGAAGAGUUUUCAUCUCUGUGUGGUUUGUACAAAAAUAUGAUAUGGAUGUUGAAAAAGAUGCAAAUAUAUAUAUAAUUUUUUAUUCAUUUCCUAUUUAUAUAAAAGUUUUUGAUCUCUUGAACAGCUAUUAAAAUUUCAUUGCACGGGGUGAAUAUAUUUAGGGGUUGCUUUUGGGAUAUGUGCUUCCAUUUGGUUUUGGUGUUCCAUUAGUGUUUUUUUAAUUGUCUAAUGUGGAAAAACUUUAUUUAUUUUCUCCCCGAACAUUGUACACGUACAUGAAAUUAUAUUGUGACUAGCUCAUUAUUUUAUUUAAUAUCUAAGAAUAAAUAAAAGUUAUUUUUCUUGCUGAAACGUCCUUCACCAAAUUCUCUCCCCUUCUCAGACACCUUGGCCAAGAGAUUAGAGACUGAAAGAGAUGGUAACCUGUCCUUGUUUGCCAGCCUGUGCUAUAUUUGUUCAGGCAAUGUGGAAAAACUUGUUGAAAACUGGAUACAAAACACUGAGGACUCCAAUCAACCUUUGGCCCUGCAGGUGAGAUGAACCGUCUCUCAAUUUUCUUGAAGACUGAAAACUUGGUUUUCUCCUAUAAUCUUCCUGAAAUAUACACAGGGAAGAGGUAACCUGAAGAAAAAGAAUAAGUAAAAGCGACACUUCUGGCUAAGAAGACUUUAUAUUGUCUCUCUUUAUGUUUAUCCUUACCCUGUCUAUAUUUCUUUUGCCUCAACCUGAUUGCAGUCCUCCCUGUACUACAACAAUCAGCCUGAACUGCACCACUUUUUCCCCUAUGGAUUAUAGUCUUUCUGGACAUUUUUAAAUAUGAGAUCAAGAAUGAAUUCAUAAAUCACUUUAUCAACCUCCAUUGUAAAUUUCAAAACUUUCUUUUAUUUGUAAUGAUAAAAGAAAACAAUCCAUCCCUGAGGUGCUGCAGCCCAUGUAGGGCUUUGGCGUCCUUCCUCUCAGAACUAACUUGAUGCUUUUCUUUUCCAUGCUUGAAUUCCCAGCUGUUGUAGAUCUUUUUCUACAUCGUCCAUCAAUCUAAGCCUAGGUCUGCCUUUGAGCCGUUUUCUAUGGGGUUUUGGUGGUGCACCCUUUUCACACGCCUCUGUCCUUUGGCAUUCUUUCUAAUUGGUCGACCCAGCAUAGCCUGCCCCUAUUUUUCUGCUACUAGAGUGAGAUCCUAAAUAUAAUAAUAGCAAAUUCAUUAUAUUUUAAGAUUUCUUUGUGUUUAAUAAGUAAUAAAUAAGCAUUUAUUAAAAUUAGAACGAGACUAUCAACACCCAAAAGUUUAAUAAUAGCACUUUUGUAAUUGAGCAAAUGAAGUACAGAGAUAUUCAGCCUAUUUUUUCUCUCGUAUCCCUUGAUUAGAAUUUCAUUUAUGAGUUCAAAUAUGUUGAAAUAUAGCUUCACGUAAAUGAACGGGUAUUAAAAAAACAUUCUUGCUGCUUUUCAAGUAUUAUCAGUGUAAUUUUUGCAUACAACAUGUUGGGAACCACUGUUAUAUUGUGUAUAAUAUGUAGUAUAUAUUAUCAAACCCUCCCUUACGCUAUACUCAGGAUCUGGUGGAGAAAAUAAUGGUGCUGAGAAAAGCUGUGGAAUUGUCCCGAGGUGCUGUUCCCAAUGUGACAGGGGGAGCACUUGCUGAAAAACUAAGCCAAUAUGCUGGUCUCCUGGCAGCUCAAGGAAGUCUGGCAGCGGCCCUGACUUACCUCAACAAUACUUCAGAUGUAAGCAAAACUUAUUGAACUCUAUGGACAUCUUUGAUUUACACAACACAUUUGUCAUAUUUAACAAAAAAGUUUACUUCCUUUAUAUUCAUGACCUGUUUUAAAAAUGGAAUAAUUGCAUGAUUUGUGUUAUUUAUUUGAGCUGAACACUGUGAAAUUGAUCCUACAGAUUUCUGUUUAAAAAAAAAUAGAAUGUAUUUAUUUUAUUGUGAAAUCUAAAUAGCUUGUUUGUAAGUUCAGUCAGGUUAAAUGGUUCAACUUUACAUCUACAGCCAAAUCUUGCCAUUUUGCAAGAUAGGUUAAUUCGAGCCCUUGGCCAGAGUACAGCUGUGCAUGGUGUUGCAAGCCCCUUCCCACAAUACAACAUUUUGCCCGAAGGGAGUCGUGGCGUACAACCAGUGCAGGCCCCUAGGAGUACAGCUGCAUCAGGCUAUGACGUCCAACAGGGUUACCAGACAACGGCUGGGAGAACAAAUUUCGAUACCGCAUCGACAUCAACUGCUAACUAUUACACACAGAAUCAGUUCUACAAUCCUGCUACAACCAAUGCACAGACCAGCAACUUUGCCCCACAGACGGCCCCUUCUGUGCCCAAAACUGCUGGUCCUGGCCAGAAAGGUAAAAUAUAGCAGAAACCUUCCUGGCGUUCUUUUAAGCCGUUGUUACUAAUCUUAUUCAUUGCUCUUUUAUUCACCCCUCACUAUUGUGCCUAAAUUGUGAUUUUGCCUCAAUCUUUCAGGGACGUUGAAAAAUGAUAAAAAGUCAUUUAAGAACCAUUUAAAGACUUUUUUUUCUUUAGAUAGAUUUUAGGACAUCGGAGUGCUGUGAGAAUAGCUAUAAAAGCGCUAUAAAAGUACACAUCAUCAUCAUCAACGUAAAUUGAACUUUUUGUUUGCCUAGGUCUGAAGUAUCCCCAUUACCCCACCGCAUCAUUGUCAGCUUACGGGGUGGACACCUACUCCAAUCAAGGUUACAUACAGCAACCUGACUACAGUCAACCUCAGUCAUAUUCUAGUCAGUCAAAUAUGUACAGGUAGUUCAUUUCAUUACCUUGUGCAUUUCAAGAGAGAUAUUGUUUAGUGUAUGAAUGUUAUUUGAAGAGAUUGCGGUCUGGUAGCAUGAAUUUAUUACACAGAAAUAUUUUAUGUUAAUGAAGAACUUUUUUUUCCAAGUCACAUCUAUAUGAAAUAUUGUGGCUGAUAUAUGAUGUUGAUUUAUGAUGGCUGAUUUUUGCUCUGGGAAAUACUUGAAAUGUCUGAUGUAUAAAUUGUUCUAAUUUAAAAUUAUCUUGUUUGUGCAUACAUAUGCCGAAAAUCACAACACUAUCCCAAUUACUUGGAUCAAUGAAAGAAACUUAUCUUAGUUUGUUCUGAUGUAUGUUAUUGUAUCCUGAUUUAAUGUGCAUAAAUUCAUCUCUACCACAGCCCAAACACAUAUUCUCCAGCAUCCAAUCAGGCAAGCAAUUUCUUCACUCCUGUCAGCACAGCGGGGCCUGCACCUUCUGUAUAUAAUUCCGCAGCACCUGUACCUCAGCAGCCUGCUAUGUAUUCUUAUCAAGACAAACCAGCAGAAACAGCUUGGAACGAUCCACCAAUUAUUCAGGAGAAAUUGAAACCUGCCCCAGCUGUAAGUUGAAGAGAAAAAAAUUUAACUUGACUAGUAGAAGUGGUUGCUGAUGUGUUUGGCAAAACCAUAAUACCUAAUAUAUUUAUAUAGACAGACCAUAAAUCAUGUCUGGCAGUAUCUUGAUGGGGCUUGGCUGUAAUGUGCUAGCUAAGGUUGUAAGAGUCUAUGCUCAACCUUAAAAGAGAGUGAAUCGUAUCUUAAUGGGGCGUGGUUGUAAUGUGCUAGCUAAGGUUGUAAGAGUCUAUGGUCAACCUUAAAAGAGAGUGAAUCGUAUCUUGAUGGGGCUUGGUUGUAAUGUGCUAGCUAAGGUUGUAAGAGUCUAUGCUCAACCUUAAAAGAGAGUGAAUCAUAUCUUGAUGGGACUUAGUUGUAAGUGUCUAUGCUCAACCUUAAAUGAGAGUGAAUCGUAUCUUGCAAUAUCUUGCUGGGGCUUGCCUAUGAUGUGCUAGCCAAGGUUGUAAGAGUCUAUGCUCAACCUUACAAGAGACUGAAUCAAAUAAGAUAAAAUUCUUUUAUUGAUCCAAAAAAAUGGAAAUGUUUUUUGAUUGCAUUGUACAUUUUCAGCACAUAAAUAAAAACAAUUCAAACAUACAACAUCUAUAUUAAAUUAUUUCACUAGUGAAAAAAACAGCCAUUCAGUGAAUUCACUUAGCCAUACCAGGGACUUAUUAGUUCUCAUUAAGAUUUGUGACUUCACGGGAGCACAAUGGUAAAUUUGUGCAGAUUGGGGAACAAAAGAAUUUUUAUAUCUUUCACCCCGAACGGGCCAAUUCUAAGUAUCUGUGAUGAAGAGGGUGGGAUGUAUCAUCCAAAAUGUGUUAGUUUUACAAUAACAUCUUUCUUCAAAUAGUUUUCAAAGGAAGGAUGUUUAGUUUGUGUUAUGUUCCUAGCUUUCUAGAUAAGUCGGUUUAUGCUGUGUUUAUUAUCAGACGAUGAAUUCCCACAAUGGCAGGUAAUAUUGUAAUUAAGUAGGCUUCCAACUGUUGCACUGUAGAAUAACUUAAAGACUUGUUAUGUCGAAAUAGUACUGUUUUUUUUUUUUGAGGUAGAACAGUCUUUGGUUGAAACUCUUAUACAGCUUUUGGCCGUGCUCAUGGCAUGUUAGCUUAUUAUUAAUGGUGACACCUAAGUACUUAUAUGCCUCUACUUUCUCUACACUUUGAUUUUUUAUGUUGAGAUCUGUAAUCUAGUGUUUUUCCCCCUCCUGAAAUUAACAACCAUUUCCUUUGUUUUUGAAACAUUCAGCUGGAGAAAAUUUUCAUUCCAACAAUUGAUAAUGCUUGUAACUAAGUUGCGGCAUAAGCCUUCGCCUUAAGAUUUUAAGCCAACGAUGGUGUAUCAUCAGCAACUUUUAAGAUUGGAACGCUGUGCUUUUAGCUCUGAAUAUCAUUGGUAGAUAUUGUUUACAGUACAGGGGAGAACGCAGCCUUGGGUCGCCCCGGUGCUUAUUUCUAAGUCAUUUACCUUGACGUAUUGUGGGCGAUAUUUUAAAAAGUUCAGUAUCCAAGUUGGAUAUUUAUAUUAACCCCUAACAAGGAAAGUUUUUUUUAUCAUAAGGUGUGGUUCGCUAGUGUUAAAUGCUGAUGAGAAGUCUAAGAAUAGCAAUAUCUAGCAAUAUUAAAAGUCAAAACUAUACAGUUUAUCAUUGUAAAGACUAUAAAGUAUAUCAAGUGUUAUCUGUGGUUUAAAAAGUCAAGUGCAAAAUUUGUUGCAUUAGUCUUUAUUUAAAUAGGACCAUAAAAUGUAUAUAUAUAUACGACACAUGUUGACCAAGUGAUGAUGUUAUGUGACCAAGUGAUGCUGUUUGCUUAUGUGAUGAUUAAGUGAUACCGUUAUAAAACUAUCCCCUAAUUUCUACAUAUCAGGGAACUGAUAAAAUAACAACCGUUUCAUUUCUGCAGUUUUCCAAUCCCAAUUUGAACUUGUUUACCCCUCAACAAACGAAUGCAGACCAUCCACCUGGAGCGCCAACCUACCCAGGAUUGUAUAACCCUGUUGAACAUCAGAAUCAAUCUCAGGUACUAAUGGGUUCAUGAAUAAUGUUGUGGUUCUGAACAGAGACGCCUGCGGACAGGUAGAGUUCUUAAUUGUAUACAUACAAACAAGUAUGUACUGUUAUAUGAACUUAAAAGAAGGUCAUUACAAAUCUGAUUUUAAACAUUAAGAUUUGAUGAUGCACUGGAUUGUUACUGUACAGAACCACUUACGUAGGGUGUACGUUUUUAACAAAUAUUUUUCUUAUUAAUAUUUGAAUGUUAUGUUACUAUGAGCAAAUAUUAAUAUAUGAAAAAUAUGUGUUUAUUUGAUGAAAUGUAAUUUUUUAAUUGAUCAGUCAGUGACUGAAUUUAAAAAUAACAUUAACAUAGCAUGAUUUAAUUCAGUAACAGAUUGAUUUAACACCUCGUCACCUUAACCUUGUUUGCUGCAUCUGCAUAGUUAAACAAAAAUUGUGCCAUUACUCAUUACUCACUGUUGAAACUAAUGUUGUACAAUAAGUGUCAUUUCAUGGGGGACACUUCCAAGUAUUUGACAUGGCAUGCCAAACUGCUGCUGUUAAACUAUAUCAAUGUAUUCCCAUUUCAUCUUGCCCUUUUCUUUUGCUGUUAACCUACUGUGACAGCCACCAAGCAAUCCUGUGUAUGGAGGCUUUAACCCUACAAACCCAGCACCUGCAGCAAACACUAGGAUACCCACUCAGGUAAACCCGGUACAUUUGGUCUUACAUUUUUCUAAUGCUUUAUGAAGUAAACAAUUGUCAGCUUGUGACCCAAAAAGCAAAACAAUAGGACUUUAGCUGAGUUUUUUCAAAUCAAGUUCUAUUUACUUCCUAAAAUUAUAAUUAAAUAUGCUGGCCUUAUGUUUAAGUCAAGUCAUUUCCAUGGUACCAAGUCCAUCCCAUGGUACCAAGUCCAUUCCAUAGUACCAAGUCAAUCCCAGGUACCAAGUCAAUCCCAUGGUACCAAGUCAAUCCUGUAGUACCAAGUCCAUCCCAUGGUACCAAGUCCAUCCCAUGGUACCAAGUCCAUCCCAUGGUACCAAGUCCAUCCCAUGGUACCAAGUCCAUCCCAUGGUACCAAGUCAAUCCCAUGGUAUCAAGUCCAUCCCAUGGUACCAAGUAAAUCCCAUGGUACCAAGUAAAUCCCAUGGUACCAAGUAUAUCCCAUGGUAUCAAGUCUAUCCCAUGGUAUCAAGUCCAUCCCAUGGUACCAAGUAAAUCCCAUGGUACCAAGUCAAUCUCAUGGUAUCAAGUCUAUCCCAUGGUACCAAGUCAAUCCCAUGGUACCAAGUCCAUCCCAUGGUAUCAAGUCCAUCCCAUGGUACCAAGUAAAUCCCAUGGUACCAAGUCAAUCCCAUGGUACCAAGUCUAUCCCAUGGUACCAAGUCAAUCCCAUGGUACCAAGUCCAUCCCAUGGUAUCAAGUCCAUCCCAUGGUACCAAGUAAAUCCCAUGGUACCAAGUAAAUCCCAUGGUACCAAGUCAAUCCCAUGGUACCAAGUCUAUCCCAUGGUAUCAAGUCUAUCCCAUGGUAUCAAGUCCAUCCCAUGGUACCAAGUUCAUCCCGUGGUACAGUCCAUUCCAUAGUACCAAGUCUAUCCCAUGGUAACAAGUCCAUUCCAUGGUGCCAAGUCUAUCCCAGGGUAACAAGUCCAUUCCAUGGUACCAAUUCAAUCCCAUGGUAACAAGUUUCAUUCCAUGGUAACAAGUUUCAUUCCAUGGUAACAAGUUUCAUUCCAUGGUGCCAAGUCCAUUCCAUAGUAUCAAGUCAAUACCAAGCUACCUGGUAUUCCUUACAGAAAAUAAUCAGCUGAUCCUUAAAUAAAUAUUAAUUCUGCCUCAUUUUUUUAAUGUAUCCUACCAAGGAUAGGAAAUAUAAAUUACCUUUGUGAAAAUUGCAUGGCAUGGGAAUGUGUUUUAAAUGAAAGCAUGUUUUUUUUUUUCAUCAGUCAUCUGAAAAUGACUUUAAAGCCUCUACUCACUAACAGCUGUCUUGAAGUCAGAUGUUGAUUCUAUUUUAGUUGGCUACGUUUUUAAAAAAAUAUAUAUAUAAUUUGAUUUAGUUAUUUAGUACAUUUAAACCAUGUUUUUUUGUUGUUGUUUUUUCAACUUCAAACUUACCUGUAUGCAGUUUUUUUGUAAGUUUUUAUUACUUAUUCUGAUACUGAGAUCAUAAAAUAAAUUGGAUCAGUUUUUUUGUGAAAUUCAUAAAUAAUUAUUUUUUUUUUAAUACAAUGCUAAACUUGUCAGAAAACUGUUUUAGAUUAUUUUAAUAAAUUACCUUUCAAGUAAUCAAUGAUUUACCCCUUGUUCGAAUUUCGCAACUACAAUUACAAUACCUCUUUGAAGAUAUUGAAUUGUCAGGGUACAUGCAAUCUAUCAUUAGGUUUUUUUUUUUAAAUAUGCGUACAUUCAUUUGGUUUUGGCUUUUGGUUAAAAUUUCCAAAGGUUUGCAGAAAUGCUUAGUGGAUAACAAGUUUUAAUGUUAACAAUUAGGAUGAAGCUUGAUUUAAGUUGGACAAAAACUUGAGUAAUGGACCUUUGUGAGCCUUCAUCAGACAGAACAUGAAUACUUCAAUCCUUGUGGGUUAAGGGGUUAGGCGCCCGAAAAUAUCUAAAAUUUUCAAAAAUUGUCCAUUUUUUUUAUUUUUUCAUUUUUACGAAGAUAAACAUUCUUAGAAUCGAUUACAUAUCAAUUGAUACUACUUUUUAAAAGAUUUGUUGUGAAACAACUGAUAUUUAACACCCCUCCCCACUCUAAAAAUUGACCUAAUUUUGGAAAUAAAAUAAAAUUCAUACAUAUCCCAUGUUUGAGACCUCAAAAAACUAGUUUUAAAUAACAUAAUAUGCUAUUAUUAUAUAUCAACGUAAAGGUAAAUUCAAGCAGUUUUUUUUUAUUUUUAGAAUCGAAGUCAGUAAAUAUAAUUGCUACAAAUAAUCGGAUCCACAAGCGAAGUGUGUGUAGGAUUUUCUUCACUUCUAUUUAUAUAAUUAUUUUACAGAUUUUCAUUGGUCCAAACCGAGGGUAACCAAGAUACCGUUGACUCGCGCAUGCGCAAAUGCGUUGUUUAUGCGUGUUUACCGGAUCAUGGUUCUGUGUACAGAGCGACAUUUUGCAAACGAAAGCAUCAGCAUAUUUUGAUUUUAAAAUACACGUUUACAACCUUACCCAUUCGGUAAAAGCCAGAAAUUCAAGGUAAGUAUACUAAAAAAAAAUGACCUUAAUUUAGCAACAUGCAAUCGGUGAUAGUUGAAAUUAUUCAGUUCGGACGUCAGUACUGUCACUGUGUUGCCUUUGAUGAUUGAUCGUGCGUGUGGAUUGUUUGUGAGUUUAUGUUUAGCUUAUGCCUUAUGCGGAGAAUUACAUAAGUUUCUACUAUUAGUCUUUAUAUUUACUUUUUAUUUAUAGUUGUCUAAUACAACAUUGAUAAAUAAUCGAGUAGUUCAAAGUAAUAGCAUAGGCUAAGACUAAGGCUAGGACUAAAACAACAACGCAAUAUGCCGUAGUAAUACUACUAUAAUUAUGGCAUGGUAUUAGCAUUAGCAGUAUGGGGAAAAUAAUUCGUAUUAGAAUCUUUUAACUCAAAUAGUUUAAUCUUAUUCAUUUUUUUUUAUCUGCAUACAAUUAUUAAUAGUAAUAGCUAAUUAGUUUUAUAUUAUUUCUUAUUUAUAAGAUCAGUUCAAUUGACUAAUAAUAGUAAUUAUAAUAAAAUAAGUAUUUAGUUUAGCAAUCCUAAACAUCUAAAUAAUACUAAUAGGCUUAUUGAGAUCAUUUUCAAUAUAUUAUUUGCUAAAUAAUGUUUAUAUAUUUUUUUAAUUCCAUUCCAGCCCCCAAUUAGUUCUACCGAGCCGAGCAAAAGUUAAUUCUUCAGUGACAAGAAUUCUACAGAGGGACUGCUAAACAUUGAUUUCGAAAUGAUCAUAAUUCAAAGCUUUUACCAAUUUUCUUCUGUCUGCAGUGGAAUGGACGAAUUGCAGAAGCCAUAACUUACAGCUGAUUGCAAAACAAAAUAGUAAAUACUAUGAACAUAACAAUGACUAGAUUGUGAGUGGUUAGAUUGUUCAUAUCAACAACUGGAUAACCAAGUCAUUAUCAAUUAUAGACUCUAAGGCCUGAAGGACAAUGGCAUGGACUAUGAAAAGUUGCAAUCUAUGAUAUCUGCGAUAAACAAUCCAGCUGCACCGCAAAAUUUAUAACCUGCGCAAAGUAUAAAAACUGCGCUAUGCCGAAGACAUGAAACAUUUAUGAGCAAGUAUCUUCCCAAUUAUUACAUUUCUAAUAGACAAAUAACUCAUUCACCUCUGGUAUGAGGGACAUCUUUGAUGAAAGAAGUACACAGAAUAGGUACAAAAGUUUCAACAUAGCAUUGCUGCCAUGAAACUAUGCUUUAAUUUCAGUGAUGGUGACAGCAACAUAACCUUGUCAUCUAAGCAUGGUUAAAAGGAUCAUGGACAAAAGGGUUGAUUGGGGACUUUGGAUAACUUGUGUUAUAUUAUAAUGCUGAACAAAAAAUUCUAAUACAACACAAAUUAGCUUUAUUCCAGAGGAAAAAAAUUUUUUGUUUAAAAUUGUGAUUUUGACGAGAGCACCUGAUGAAGUUCAAGAAGUUAAAACCCAUGUUCCUGGUGCAUUCAACAGUUCAAUAAUAUAAGAAACCACCAUGUCCAUGUUGCUGAACAAAAAAAACUAUGUAAAAGAACUUCAUUUUCAUAUUAAACUUAAAAUUUUUCACUUUUAAAGUUUAAAAUUGAUUUUUCUCAAAAUUGUUUUUUUCUGUUGUUUUGUAACGUAGAAUUCUAAAAUCUCAGCUAAUAUACAAGCUAGAGUAAUAAAAUUUGGUGUGUAUCUUCCUUUAACUAUUUUGUGGGUAAUGAGCUAUUCAAAAAUCAAUUUGGUCAAUUACUUUUGUUAAAAUAAUUUUUUUCAUAUCCUAGGAUGGUAAAUUUUAAGCGUUUUCUGCCGAGGCAAAUUUUAAAAAUUUAAAAAAAAAUGUUUUGAAAAGUUUUAAGGAAAUUAAACUAGCUCAGUACCUCUAAAUAUAAUUGAAGUUCAUGAAUCAAUCAAUUUUUAAGCAAUAUGUAUGUUUGUUUUUAAAAUUUUAGAACUCUACGAAUGGGUAUUAUUUUCAAGAUGGCCGCCGUUGCCAUGGCAACUAUAUAAUUUUUUUUAUUUUAAAGCAUGAAAAUAUAUCUCCAUUCAUAGCUUAACAUGACCAUAAUAAAAUAAUUGCUCUAAGUUGGUUAAUUAAAAAAAAAAUUUUUUUGGUAGCCUGCCCCCUUAACUAAUUAUUCUAUUAAGACAAAAUAAGCACAGACGCGCGCACACACACACACGAUGCAUGUUCUAGAAAUAAGUUUUAUGAUUGAUUUCAGCCUACACCUGCUCCUGUGGAGCCACCUGCACCUGUAUCGAAAGGUCCUAUACCAUCAGAGCACCAAGUCUUACAGGAUAUUUUUGAUAAACUGGUCAAAAGCUGUGCUCAGGUUGCACCCAAUGCGGUAAGCUUACAUCAUUUUUAUCUCUACCAACUACUCUCAGACCUGUUUACUCUCAAACUCUUAAAAUCGUACAAUUUUAUCACAAAAUCGUUCAAUACUUUAUAUUUAUAGAAAAAAAUAAACAUACAGUAUAUAUGCUAACACCUCAAAAUUAUACAUUGUACGCCAAAAUCGUAAGAGUAAACAGGUCUGUACUCUUGUCAAUAAUAACGUGUUAUUUUACUUCAAUAGACAUUUAGUGCUGUUGAGAAUUGGUAUUUAAAAUGUUGAAAAUGUAAAUGAUAUUCAAGCUAAAAAUUGUUUUAUGUCAAGUGCUACGGGGCUGUCUUGUUAUUAACUAUUGUUAAAAUGUUCAAAAGGAACAAGGGAGAUUGCUUCCAUAUUUCAUUAUAUUUAUCCGUUCAGUAUUCAUUAUUUUAACUUCUAUGUUAUGAUCAUGAGCAUUUGAGGAAUUUGUCGUAGUUUGACAUUUACAAAUUUAUACAACACAAAUAUUGGGAAAUAAUGUAAUACAACACAUAAAGCAACCUAUGGUGAAUGCAAAUCAAUUUAUUCCUUAGAAACAUGUGGGAAAAUUGAGAUGUUUUUAAAAGGUUUUUUCAAACUAUCUAUGGUAACAGUGAAGUUUUAAAUAACAUUUCUGAGCCCCUAGGAUUGAGCGGGUAAAGAUAAUGUUCAUGAGAUGGUUCAGGGUCAGUUGAAAGCCAAAUCAUUUCUUUUAGCCACUGGGAUGCAAUCCAGCUUAUCCAACAUCUUACUUUGUGUAUGCCUAAUGUUAUAACAAGAUUCUACAACUUUAAAACCUAUCAAACUAAGAUUCUACACACUUUUAAAACCUAUCAAACUCUAUAUUUUUUUGUUUCAGCAAAUGAAACGCAAGCUGGAGGAUGUAACAAGAAAAUUGGAUGUUUUGUAUGACAGAUUGAGAGAGAACUUGGUAAGAUGAUAUUUUGUAUGACAGAUUGAGAGAGAACUUGGUAAGAGGAUAAUUAGUAUGACAGAAAUGAUCCUAGUCAUUGUGAAAAGGCACAUGUCAUAUGGAGAUACUCUGAGGCUCUUAUCGCAUAUUAUAAAAUAUAAUGGCUUGGAUGAGACCAUCGGUCCGUCGAGAGAUGAUGGUGAAGCUGUCUACGAGUUCCAAGUCAGAGCCUGGAAUGAAAAUCUUGGUUACACUAUUUUUACGUUUCAACAUCCCAUAACCUUUGUGUUUGGUUCUUAAAAUUAUUUUAACCCCAUUAAGAUUUUAAAGUAAAAAUUUGGAAAUAAUGAUUAUGAAUUUGUAAUAAUUGAACCAUCUUCAUCCUGCAAGUUUCCUGAACUUCAACUGUUGGGGGGAUUCCCAUUCAGAGACUGAUUUUUGUUCAAUCUCUGUGAGAAGCCUUAAAAGAAAAUGCUUAAAGCAUCUCUACAUUUUAAAGACUUUCUGCAUUGUAAUUUAACUUUGAAUAUAUUUUUAUCAAUAAUUAACACAGGGAGAAAGUUUCUUGCUUGAAUAGAUUUACAGUCCUCAUCAUUUUUACUCUUUUUCCCAGCUCUCGCAGACAGUUUUAUUGGGUCUACACCAGAUCGUCCAGGCUAUUCAGCAGUAUGACUACAACACUGGGCUGAAUGUCUACACUGGGAUGAUCUCACACGGAAACUUCUCUGAAAUCUCCAACUUCAUGCCCGCCCUUAAAGUUUUAUUACAAUCUGCGUUACAGAUGCAGGUUUACGUGCAAUAACAUGACCGAUGCUUUAGAUAGGGUAUUUAUUAAUUGUUUCAUUUUGUUCACACAACUGUUUGUAGGUUUCAUUUUCUUUAUGGGAAUUUAUUGCUGAUUUAGUACAAGGAUGAUUUUGGGGACACAUUGAGAGGAUAUUAUUGAUGUUUCAUUUUACAAAGAUUAUUAAACGUUGAAUGCCUGCAGUCCUUGAUGUUAGAUUACGUUACACAAUUUAACAUCUGUAUUUAGUUUUAAAAUUUUUUCCCUUGUGGAAAUAAUAAUAAUUUUAAAUAAUUUUGGUAAAAUAACUGUUUUUUCAAUUCUGACAAUAGUUUAUGACUUGUUGGUUUAACGGCAAAAAAUCUCAAACAGCCACCAUCAGAUUUGUUAUAUGAUAUGAUAGUUUAUCAACACAAGGGAAUACUCAUUCAUCCUGUCUGAUUCUUUAUUUUAUAUUAUUAUUGUUUCCCUGGACUAUGUUGAUUUAAAGAGUUCGUGCCAAUAAUUUCUUUCAUUUUUUCCUAUUAUAUUCCUGUUUGAUGAAAAGUAGCAUGGACAUACUAUUUGUAUGGAAAUUACAAUAACUUCAUGUCUUCAUUAAUAGUCUAUUUGCAGAUUGAAUUACUGACUAAGCUCUAGAUGUGUCUGUUACAGUACAUUUAUCUCAGCUUGUUUUUGUUUUAUUCUCAGUAUGAAUGAAAGCUAAAAUAAUCAAUUUGUGUAUCUUUAAUUUUCACUUACGCCUUACGCUUUUUUUUUUUAAAUCUUAAAUUUGAGAUAAUAUGUAAUGAGUAUAAUACUUAUCCUGUUUAUGUAAUACUAUAAACUAAAUCUCAUUUCACUUGACAUCGUUCGUAUUUACAUUUUGGGUAGGAAAAAUAUGAGAAGUUGGGGUGUGGUACCAUGCUUUGAUAAACAUUUUUAUCAGGUCAGUAGUUGAAAUACUAUAACAUUCUGUCUUGAAGCUGGGACAACCCACAAAAGUUUUCCAUGGAACUGUUUUUUUAAAUUAAAUUUUUGUGGGUGAAGGAUAAAAAAAAGUUUUAUUUUUUUUUAAAAGUGUUAUCAAUUGAAUAAACAUGAUUUGAUCAAGACACUGAAAUUAAUUCUUAGUUGGUAAAUAAGUUUAUUGAUAAAGGAGUUCGCCAAAUAAAUAUAAAUAGUUGGAAAUAUAAAUCAAAUGACUUAUAUGUUAAAACUGCUUUUAUGCACUAUUAAAAUAUGACAAUAAAAACUAUUGUCCACAAUGAUGUACACCCUAAACAUUUGGAUGGAAAUAGUGCACCGUUGAUUCACCAUCACUUUCCUAGAAGCUAUUUAAAACUAUUGAGCCCUAGUGUUAAAGUUGUGCUUGGUCAUAAACCUAUUCAUUGUUUUCUAUUUUAUUACUGUUCACAAUUAUUUUUUUUGAAAUGGCAACUUUGAAAGUAUCUGUAAUAAUGUUUGUGUAGCUUCAACUAGAAAGUUGAUUAGACAAAAACCACAGAUUGUGUCUUUUGUAAACCUACUGGCAUACACUUUCAAAGCUUCCCAACUCACAACUAAGCCUUUAUGGAAGAAGCUUUAAGUUAAAGCUCACUACCUGAUGAUGAAGUAUUAUAAGACGUCUAUGAACUGAUCACAUAAUUCAUGAUUGUGUAUAAACUUUGAUUAUUAGUAAAGUCUGUUACAAUUAAACAAUGUCUGCGUUCAUAUCACUGCUGCUACAAUAUUUUUGUUUAUGGUAAUUGAUGGAAAGGGUGUUUGCAGAAUAGUACACUUUGGAUACAUUCAUUUCUGUGACUGUCACCAUUAAAUUUAAAAUAUGGAUCAAUAAAUUUCAAUUGAAGAAAAGAU